AUGGACGCGGCGACGCCAAAAUGUUUUCUAUUGUCGACGCGAAACGCAGGCUGUGACUCAACCACUCAAUAUCCACCAUUCUCCCUCACCCUUUCAUUGAUCCAAUUCCCGCCCAACAUGCCGACUGUGCACCUCUUGGACUAUGUCGCAGGCAACGUUCGCUCUCUGGUCAAUGCCAUUGAGAAGGUUGGCUACACAGUCGAAUGGGUCAAGUCGCCUGCUGAUGUACCUGCUGCAGAGAAACUCAUUAUUCCUGGUGUCGGUCACUUCGGCCACUGCAUGUCCCAACUCGAGAAAGCUGGUUACGUCGAACCCAUCCUCCAACACAUCAAGGCAGGCAAGGCUUUCAUGGGCAUAUGCGUGGGUAUGCAGGCGAUUUUUGGAAGCUCGGAAGAAGACCCACAAGUCAAGGGAUUGGGCGUGAUCCCGUUGCAGCUGCGCAAGUUUCGCGACACCGACAAGAGCGUACCUCAUAUCGGAUGGAACAGCGCGAACACAUCACCAACCGGCGAGGUCACGGAUGAAUCGCUCUAUGGGCUUCGUCCGAGCUCUAAAUACUACUAUGUUCACUCGUACGCUGCAAUGUACCGACCAGGCGAGUUGGAAAAGAACGGGUGGGCCGUAGCUACCGCCCGCUAUGGUGACGAAGAGUUUGUGGGUGCCGUGGCCAAAGACAAUGUCUUUGUCACCCAGUUUCAUCCCGAGAAGAGUGGUGCCGCGGGUCUUCGUGUCCUCAAAGCCUUCCUUGACGGCAAAAAGUCGCAAAAACUGGGCGAGGUCCCGACGGCUGCCGAUACCAAGACAGGCCUGACGAGACGAGUGAUCGCAUGUCUGGACGUUCGUACAAAUGAUCAGGGUGACCUCGUUGUAACGAAGGGCGAUCAAUACGACGUGCGCGAAAAGGACGGCGUGAGCUCUGGGGGUCAAGUACGUAACCUGGGCAAACCCGUGGAGAUUGCCAAAAAAUACUACGAGCAGGGUGCAGACGAAGUCACUUUUCUUAACAUCACUUCAUUCCGCAACUCCCCCGUUGCUGACACACCUAUGUUGGAGAUCUUGCGACGAACGAGUGAGACUGUCUUCGUCCCGUUGACGAUAGGAGGAGGCAUUAGGGAUACAGUAGACACAGACGGGACCAAAAUAUCUGCCCUAGAUAUUGCUACCAUGUACUUCAAAUCUGGCGCCGACAAAGUGAGUAUCGGAUCGGAUGCGGUGAUCGCUGCCGAGGAAUACUAUGCGCAAGGCUCGCAGUUGAACGGAAAAACAGCCAUAGAAACCAUAUCUGGAGCAUAUGGCAACCAAGCCGUCGUAAUCAGCGUCGAUCCGCGCCGGGUUUACGUAGCUUCGCCCGAAACCACAUCACACCAUACCAUCAAGACGAGGACACCAGGUCCAAAUGGCGAGGAAUAUUGUUGGUAUCAGUGCACGAUCAAGGGUGGUCGCGAGGGGCGAGACUUCGACGUACGACAACUCGUCGUCGCAGUAGAGGCGAUGGGUGCUGGCGAGAUUCUUCUCAACUGUAUCGACAAAGAUGGCACUAACAGUGGAUUUGACUUGGAGCUCAUAAAUGAUGUCAAAGCAGCCAUCAAAAUUCCAGUCAUUGCAAGUAGCGGGGCUGGCAAUCCGGGACACUUUGAUGAGGUAUUUGCGAAGACCUCAACUGAUGCUGCGCUAGGAGCUGGCAUGUUUCACAGGGGAGAGUACACGGUGAAGCAAGUCAAGGACCACCUACAAGGAACGGGGCAGUUGGUACGACAGUACGAAGAUGCCAUAUAA